CGUGGUGUUUGACGUGUUGAUAUCGAGGCAUACUGCGAUUAUUUUGUUUUUAUGUUGAUAAUGACCGAUUAAAAGGGGAUGAGUGAUGUGCAGAUUGAUUUUUUUUGACUGUGAACUGUGAUAGUGGUAGCUUUUUUGGAUGAACUCAUUUGGAUUUAAUAAAAAAAUUGAUCAAGUUACCAACAGCGCCCGUCGCAUCGUAACAAUCGCUAUCGAAACAAUUGCUUGCUUCACAACCAGCCUACUAUGACCAAAGAAACUAAUCGCGUCACCGAGUGAUUUUUAUACGUCAGUUACGCACAAAAUUUAUUUGGAUAUUUCGACUAUUUCGCGAGUGUGAGUGUUUGAAAUAACUCAGUUAUCCAUGAUUAUGGAGAUGACAAACGAAUUGGCCGUGGGCAGGUGGUACGAGUCCCCCAGAACAGGGACGUCGGCUAGUCCGGGACAAGGGCUAGACGGCGGUAAUUCCGAUAUUGCUUCUGGCGUCGAGCACAUGGGUACCUUCUUCUUGGACCCUUCAGGCACGCAAAGGGCGGCUAGGUACUACCAUCAGACAAUGCACGGAUCUUACGGAAGUCAUGCAUCCAGAAUGUCAUCCUCGCAAGUGUGCAGGCCCCACUUCCACGCCCCCCUCCACCCCUGGCUCUCCGACAGCAAACCUUUGGCUCAUUCGAGCCCUUGGGUGCCCUUCGGCGGCGGGGAUCCCGACAAGUCCCAAUCGCCUAGUUCAGUUCCUGCCCAAGCUCACAAUAUCUUUUCCUUCCCGCCCACUCCCCCGAAAGAUUCGACGCCCGACUCCGUGGCCCCCUCCGGGGCCGGUGGUCCGGAAUACCAAAGUGCUGUGUCGGCGGCCAUGGGCGCCUUCAUGCACGAGAAUCCCCAAAGUUGUGCGCUAGAUGUCAAGCCCUCUGGAGUCGGUGGGGCCAAUAAGCAACGGGAAGGUGAAUAUGAAGGGGGCGCCACCUCCGGCAUGUUUAAUGGUAACUUUGAGGGCACCUACGGGUCUGCGUAUGCCCACGGUAUUCAUGGGGGUGCUUAUUCCCCGCAGAACAAGCAGCAUCUGGGGAGUUCUGGGGGACAGGGUGUUCAGUCCCCCAAUAAGCCCCGGAAUAAGUCGAGAACUAGCGCGGAAGGUAGAGAGUGCGUGAAUUGCGGAGCGACAAGCACGCCACUGUGGAGAAGGGACGGCACGGGGCAUUACCUCUGUAACGCCUGUGGACUGUAUUACAAGAUGAACGGACAAAAUAGGCCGCUCAUUAAACCUAAAAGAAGACUGAGUUUACAAAGUGCAGCGAGGAGGGCAGGAACGAGUUGCGCUAACUGCAAGACCACGACGACGACCCUCUGGAGGCGCAACCAGAACGGUGAGCCCGUUUGCAACGCCUGCGGACUAUACUAUAAACUACACAACGUGAACAGGCCACUGACGAUGAAGAAAGAAGGCAUCCAGACGCGAAAUCGUAAGCUGUCGUCCAAGAGCAAAAAGAAAAAAAGCGGAGCAUCGUGUCUUUCAUUGAACAUGAUGGGAGACAUGAUGAAACCGCUAGAUGGAAGCAAAGGAGGUUUCGGAGGCGGUUUUGGAGCUGGAAUGGGAGGCGGACAUCCACAUCUCAACGCUGCCCUUCAUCCGCAUCACGCCAUGAGCCACUGGUACCAACACCAGCAUACCCAAGGGUUCGUUUCCGGUCCACCUCCACCAGCACCGCCGCCCGCGGCUUCGUAUCAUCACCACAUGAGUUCGUUGAGUGCCGCCGCUGGACUUGGAUUAACGUCAAAUGGAAUGACGAGUUGGAGGUCAGAAUACACGUGAUAAGGAACAAAAGGAGCCUUUUAAGGAAUUUAUUUAUAAAAAUAAUUUGUAGAUAUCUCCUAAGAUAAUAAAAACUUAAGAAACCUUAAAAGUGAUCAUUGUGAGCUGGUCAAAACGUCCCUGUAUACUUGUAUUUAGUUGUAAAUUUUGUAAAAAUACUUCAUUCAGCGAUUUUUCGACCAGUUUGUAAUUGUAUAAAAUUUAAGUACAAAAACGAAGUUUGUAAUUGUAUGUAUUGUAAAUAGAUGUAGUUUGUCUAAAAAAUAAUUUUUAAUACAAAAAUGACGAUUUGUAUAUAGCAAAAUAAAGAAUUUUAAAAAGACAUGUGCAAUCUUCACGUAAAAAAGUAUUUAUGUAUAAUUGUGUGGGUGAACUUAAAGAAAACGGAAAUAUUGUCAAAGUUUUUAAACAAAAUUUUAUGUCUAAAAUAAAUUGUGUACAAUUUUUUUCAGUUAAACUAAUUUUUGAAAACUAUUCCCGUACUAUAACCACGAUUUAUCAAAAAUACAAACCUUUGACUGUACUAUUUUGGUUUCUCAAAGAACUUUAACUGAAAAAAAUAUAAACAAAACAUUUAAAUAAAUUAUUUUUAAUUUAUUAAUUCAAUUAAAUUAGUAAAUUACUUGUAUAAUUUUUUUUUUAAUUAACAUUUUCUAUGUAGUUAAACAUUUAUGUUAUCCUAG